AUGAUUGCUGCGUCCGCCCUCAAAUGCGCAUCCUAUGAGGGAAGGAGUGGCGUAGCUGCCGCGGUCCGGCUGGUGUCGUCAAUGCGUACUCGCAACUCCGAGACGAUCGGUGCAUUGUCGCCGUACUGCUACGAUCACACCCACUUGCCAUUGUCUACAACAAGGGCUCAGGCUUUCUCGGCUGCUUCCGCCGUGAGAGACUUUGCAGAUCCGCAGGGGGCGGCCCGCAAACACCGUCCGAUUUACAUCGCGGCGACGAGGCAGCACGUGGGCAAGACCUCGGUCAGUCUCGCACUGAUGAAAGGAUUGCAGCGCCGUGUUCCCAAAGUAGGUUUUCUAAAACCCGUUGGACAGCAUUCCGUACGAAUUGCCGAGCUCGACGGCAGUGUCGUGACGGUCGACAAGGACACCGCUUUGAUCGUUCAACACUUUGGACUUACACGGCAUCAGACAUUGCAAGAUGCCAGUCCAGUCCUCAUUCCGCCGGGGUACACAAAAGAUUACGUUGACGGGAAAAUUACGCUCGAUACUCAACGUGCCUCCAUCGGAAAAAGUUUUCAACGCGUCGCUUCCUUUGCCGAUAUUGUCCUCUGCGAAGGAACCGGACAUUGCGCCGUCGGUAGCAUCGUAGACGCCAGUAACGCCGCCGUCGCGUCUUGGCUCGGCGCCCGGAUGGUCCUUGUGGCCAACGGUGGUCUGGGGAAUUCUGUGGACGAACUUGAACUCAAUAAGGCCUUGUGCGACAAACAUGGGGUUGAGAUUGCCGGCGUUAUCAUCAACAAGGUCUUGCCCGAAAAGUACGAACAGACAAAAUACUAUCUGGAGAAAGCAUUGCACGAUCGGUGGGGUAUUCCCUUGCUGGGAUGCGUUCCGGAUCGGGCGUUUUUAGGAUGUCCCGCCUUGGCCGAUCUAGAGCGUCUCUUCCCCGGCGCGAUGUUAGUUUCUGGGCUCGAUCAUCGACUGCGACAUUAUACGGUGCAAGAUUUGAACCUCGUCGCCACAUCGCUCGAAGUCUUUUUGCGCAAUCUGCGAACCGAUCCCUCCCGCACGCUUUAUGUUUGUCACGCUUCCCGAAACGAUAUCUUGCUCGGCUUCCUUAUGGAAAGUCAGCAACGGCCGGACUGGGAAGCCGCGUUAGUUGUCACAGGCUGUCACGAUUAUCCCGUCAGUGACCAGGUUUUGCAAAUCAUCACUUCCAUGCCUUCGGCCCCACCGGUGCUCUUGGCAUCGCCACCGACGCGACAAGUCAUGCACGAUAUACACCACUUUACCCCAAAAUUGAAUUUUGAGGAUGGACACCGCGUCGAAGCCGCUGCCGCUCACUACGAACCCUACAUUGACUUCGAUCUUCUUUUGUCGAGGGUCGGAACGACGUCUACUGGCUCCUCGAAAUCUACGUCGAAAGCCGGCCUUGCAGUCGCAGUGCCGUAG